AUGGCUGAGUCUCCCUCACCUGAGCAGCUGGAAUCUUUGGUUAACAUGACAGUGCAGAUGAGUACAAAUUCGAGUUUAGAUGCUCCGACUAAGGCACCUGAAGAAUUUGUCUUAGUCAACUGGAUGGAUAUGCUCUCUCUGGUCAUUGCCCUGGUCGGUAUGGUGGGGAACAGCAUCGUCCUGUGGCUGCUGGGCUUCCGCACCCGGAGGAGCCCCUUCUCGGUCUACAUCCUCAACCUGGCCGCAGCCGACGCCCUCUUGCUUGGUAGCUGCUUUGGGUAUUUCAUGUGGAGAAUUUUUGGAAAUUCAAAACGUCGCGUCAUGAAGCUGCUGUGGCGCAGCAUCCUAAACCUUCCCUACUGUGUGGGUCUGAGCCUGCUGGCGGCGAUCAGCACUGAGCGCUGCCUCUCUGUGCUCUUCCCCCUCUGGUACAGAUGUCACCGCCCCAAGCACAUGUCUGCAGCUGUGUGCGCCUUCCUAUGGGCUCUGCUGGGCCUGUUUUGGGGAGUAUUGGGGGUUCUUCCUUUCCUUAUCAAGGUCCACAUCUCUGAUUUCAACUUCGUUCUACGUUUUGUCCAGUUAGGGUGGUUCGUCCUCCUCACCUGUGUGCUGGGCGUGUCCAGCCUGACGCUGGUGCUGAGGGUCCAGUGCAGCUCCCAGCGCAGGCGGCCACCCAGGCUCUACCUCCUGGUGCUGCUCACAGUCCUUGUGUUCCUGCUCUGCGGCCUGCCCUGGGGGGUUCUUGAUGCAAUUUGGUUUUUUAGCGGCUCCCGUUUAAUACCUUACAAGCUCUGCAGGCUCCUGGCCUGUGUGAAUUGCAGUGCAAACCCUUUCAUUUACUUCUUCCUGGGCAGCCAAUGGUGUAGAAGAGGGAGGGAGCCGCUCAGGGUGGUCCUGCAGAGGGCCCUGGGGGAGGAGCCGGUGGGAGGGAAUGGGGGGAGGGACACAUCUCACUCCAACACUCUGGAUGAAUUAUCCUGA